AUGUCGGACAUUAAGGACGAAACAGUGAAGCGCAAAGCUGAAGAGGACCUGCCCUCCCCUGCGGCUCCGAAGCGCGUUAAGCAUAGCGACUCUGAAGAGCCCCAAGACGACAGGCUAGAAGACAACGAUGAUCAGCAAUUAGACGUGUCGAUAAGCGCCCCAGCCGGUGGCGAUACUGGUGGCGACGAAGGCGACGGUGACGAGGUUGAAGCUGAUGACGAAGAAGGCGGGGACACUAAGGACGACGAACGGGAAGAGAGGGAAGACGACAAGGAUGGAGACGGCGAUGACGAAGACAAAGACGAGGAGAAGGAUGAAGAUAGAAAGGCCAAGAUAGAAGACGGCGACGAGCCAAAUUCGGAGGAUCAAUCAGUUCCUGCACUGAAGCGCAUUCCGUUUCCGGACAAGCCAGGCGUUAUCGAAGAGCGAAAUGGUGAAAUCGAAUUCCGAGUAGUCAACAAUGACGGUGGGCGCGAGUCGCUCAUCGUUCUGACCGGUCUCAAAUGUUUAUUUCAAAAGCAGCUGCCUAAGAUGCCGAAAGAUUAUAUCGCUCGACUAGUCUACGAUCGAACACAUUUGUCGAUAGCAAUCGUCAAAAAGCCGCUCGAGGUAGUAGGCGGCGUCACGUUUCGUCCAUUCAAAGGCCGCCGGUUCGCCGAGAUUGUGUUCUUCGCAAUCAGUACGGAUCAGCAAGUCAAGGGUUAUGGUGCGCAUCUCAUGUGUCACUUGAAAGAUUAUGUCAAAGCCACGAGCGAUGUCAUGUACUUCCUCACCUACGCCGACAACUACGCCAUCGGCUACUUCAAAAAGCAAGGCUUUACCAAGGAGAUUACACUUGAUCGGAGCGUCUGGAUGGGCUAUAUCAAAGACUAUGAAGGCGGCACCAUCAUGCAGUGUUCCAUGCUCCCAAGAAUUCGAUAUUUGGAAGUCGGACGCUUGCUUCUCAAGCAAAAGGAGUGCGUCCAGGCCAAGAUUCGAGCCUACUCCAAGUCGCACAACGUGCACGCCCCUCCCAAGGAGUGGAAGAAUGGCAUCAAGGAAAUCAAUCCACUGGAUAUCCCCGCCAUUCGUGCAUCUGGUUGGUCGCCGGACAUGGAUGAGCUCGCGCGCCAGCCGCGACAUGGCCCGAACUACAAUCAGCUGCUGCAUCUGCUCAACGACCUACAGAACCACAACUCUGCUUGGCCCUUCCUGGUGCCCGUCAACCGCGACGACGUGGCCGAUUACUACGAAGUAAUCAAGGAGCCCAUGGACCUAAGCACCAUGGAAAACAAGCUAGAAGCAGAUCAGUAUCCGACACCAGAGGAGUUCAUCAGGGAUGCGACGCUCGUGUUCAACAAUUGCCGAAAAUACAACAACGAGAGCACGCCGUACGCCAAGUCGGCCACCAAACUGGAAAAGUUUAUGUGGCAACAGCUCAAAGCAGUACCCGAGUGGUCGCAUUUGGAGCCAGAGAAGUAG